AUGUCGCGCAGAAGAAGCCCCAAAUACGUAGCUGCUGCGCUUGUCGCUACGUCUGUGGCAGCAUUGGGUUACAAAUUGUAUUCUAUUCUAACUUCGGAGGAAGAAGAAACAGAGAGACAAGUUGAAAAUCCGGCCAUAUCUGGCGCGGGAAAGAAAUCCAUAGCGGUGACAUUGCUGCACUCAGUGUUGAGCUCGGACUUACCGCUCAAUGAUAUUCUUCUUUCCUCCGAAAACGUAACGUUCAUUCUCCCUCCUCAUCUCUCUGUAGACGACCUCUUGGGUCAAAUCCAAGGAGAACAGGAGGGGGAGACACAUGCGUACGUUUUGCCGCAAACACUUCUCAGAAACUAUAAGCUCCUCAAGUGCUCCAACAUUCAGGGGUAUUUCCAUCUCCUCAAAAACUUGAAGCCCGAUUUGCUCUACGUUUGCUCUGACGAUUUAGGGAUUUCGCGCCUGGUGCCUCAGGAUUUAAAUCGUUUCGUGAAAGAAAUUGUGACAUUGGACCAGAACAAGAACAGUGUUCAGUCUGUGUUGUCGAAGGUGUUCAUCCGUUGA